ACACAACAUUUAGAUCCUGAUACUGAACUGAAAUGUCACUGUGACGUGUCCAAAAUAUUUGAGGUUACUUUAUUGAUUUGAAUAAUUUUUGCGAGACGAAUGCUAGUUUUAUAAAUUAAAAAUAAAGAUUUUAUGUAAAUAUGUCAUCUAAAAGUAAAUCUUCAGAUGGUGCCAAUAAGAAUAAGAACAAAGAAUCGUUAUGGAAGAAAGCAUUUUCCACGAAGGCUGAAUGGCCGGACAAGGAGGAGUUCCUGGACGUGAUUUAUUGGAUGAGACAAGCAAUAGGCAUUAUAUUAGGCCUAUGUUGGGGGUUAUUGCCACUGAAAGGGUUCUUUGGUUUGUUACUGUUUGUGGUAGUGAAUGCGGCAGUGAUAUAUUUUUAUGUCAAUACUUACCAAAAGGUGGACGAGGAAGACUUCGGUGGCAUGUGGGAGAUAACAAAAGAGGGAUUUAUGACUUCCUUUGCUGGAUUUUUGGUAACAUGGAUCAUUGUGUACACAGGUCUUUACGGGAGCGAUAAUUUAUGAGACAGAAAGUAACAACUGUAGACACAGUAAGGACAGCCAAGAGACCUAGUACAAAGGGGUGUUCUUAGGUUUUUUGAGAAAAAUGGGUAUAACAUGGCAAAUCCUACUUUUAAUAACUAAAUGGUGAAAUUAUUGAACCAACACUUUGUUUACUUUCAAUGUUCUUAAAAUUGACAAAGCAAUCAAUUGCUCUCAGUGAAUUCUGCAAGUGUUCUGAGUUCAAUGCAAUAUGGGUAAUUCAUGAUUAAGUAAAAUUCUCUAACUGAAUAAUAUGUAUCUAGGUCAUGUUUUAAUAAAAAUUUUCAUUUUUAUUUUGUAAAAUAUUAAAUACCACACCACACAAUAUAUUUUAAUAUACAUAUCAAAUUAUAAUUUCUAUGGUUUAUAACAGCAAAUUCUAUGGUUUUUUUUUUUAUUAUUAUUAUUUAAAUGUUUAUGCAUGUGUGGGAUAUGCCAUGUUCUACAAGAACUCAAGGGUAGAGUAAAGACUGGUGUGUGGUAAUCGUUUCAAGAUUUAAUUUCAGUACAUAAAUACGUUAUAUUCAAUGGAAUUCCAACCAAAAAAUGUGUUUGAUGAUGCAAUAAGUAAAUGUGGCAACAAGAAUGCGAUGUUGGUUUGAUAAAAUGUUAGUUUUAUUUAAGUUGUAUGUAUAGGAAUGUUUAAAUUAACUCUUUACCUCAGCUAUAUAUGGAUUGAAAUGUAAUGAACUUAAUAAACACAGUUAAAAUGCCAUUGUUGGUACUUUAUCAACAGGUCGCUUAUAUUAAUGAAUUUAAGAAUGAAAUGUGAAUGUAUGUGAUUCUUAUUUGUAUCAUAUUUGCACAAUCAAUCUUCGCUUAUGAAAUGUAAACAGUUUUUACUAUAAUAAAUAAUUGAAAUUGAUAGUCGCAGACCUUAGGAUGUAGUUACUUUUAACCACGUCAAAGAAAUUUUAAACAUGUAUUUCAGUUUUGUUAGAACCAUAAUUAUUUGCUUUUUCAUACGAAUUUGUACAAAUAUUUUAAAGAAGUUUAUUGCAAUAGAUACAAUAAUUUAGUUUUGUUAAAUGCUUAAUUUUUUAUUAUUAGGAUAUAAAUUUGGGAUUUGAUCAGCUGUUACUUAACACACCCUUAAAAUAUUUGUACUCAAUAGACCUUGUUUAUGAUCAUAAACUAUAAAGUAUAAACCUAUUUGCUGUAAGCAUUAUGAAAGUAUUAUUUAAGAAUGAAAUGUUAAUUGUUAAGUUUUAUGGAAUGCGUUUAAUACUCCGGCGUUGAAUAAUUGAAUCAAUAUGUAAUGGAAUGUUUUAUUUAUAUACCGCUAUAACUAAAGGUGCAACCACAGGAGCGUUCAAUUUAUGAAAAUAUAAUUAAAAAAGACAAUAGUAUUUAUUGCAUAAAUUGCACUAACCAUUUAUUUUGCUUUCAGUAUAAAAGCCUUUUUCACACAGGAUUUGUUCCAAAAACCGUACGUUGUGUGAUCAUACCUUUAGUUUUUAUUUAUAAUGUUAUUUGUUGCAUGAAAUAGCCUCAAGUGGAACCUUGAACAAAGAUAUGGAAUAAAAGUUUUUAUGAUUUAA